UAGCUCAGAGUUUAUAAAUACAGAUAAGCUUGUUCAUGACAUGCAACAUAGUUAGCACACAAGUGCGACAAGAUAAGGAUAUACACUCUCGAGUUCGUGGUUUCCUAAGCACGAAGAAGAAGGCAUAUCAUAUCAUAUUUAGCAUUUAGCAUUUUGCAUUGGCUUAGUUGUGUCCUUUAGGAAAUGGGUUCUCAUGAGACCGAGCCAUGGCUUCUGGAGAACGGGAACCCGAAGGUGUUGACGAGGGAGAUGAGGCAUGGACGCACUGCACACAGCAGGUCCUCCAUGUCCUUGCGCAAGAAGUCUGACAGAACCCUUGUGCAGAAGAUUCGCUGUGCCUUACUCCGAGACCUCCUUUCCAACGUCCAAGAGGUUAUUCUUGGCACCAAGCUCUCCAUUCUCAUCCCCGCCGUUCCCCUUGCCAUUGCUGCUGAGAUCUAUGGCCUUGCAAGACCUUGGGUUUUUAUAUUGAGCUUACUUGGGCUUACCCCACUUGCUGAACGUGUGAGCUUCAUCACAGAACAAGUUGCUUUCUACACUGGUCCCACAGUUGGAGGACUUCUGAAUGCUACAUGCGGGAAUGUUACUGAGCUCAUCAUAGCAAUAUUUGCCCUUAGCAGUAACAAGAUUGCUGUGGUCAAGUAUUCUCUGUUGGGUUCUAUUCUUUCAAACCUUCUUCUGGUUCUUGGGACCUCUCUAUUAUGUGGUGGCAUUGCAAACCGUGGAGUGGAGAAAAAAUAUGAUAGAAGACAAGCAGAUGUGAACUCUCUUAUGCUAUUGUUGGGAUUGUUGUGCUACUUGCUUCCAAUGCUGUUCAACUAUAGUGCUGCCUCACCUGCUCUCACAGCAGACCCUUCACUCUACUUGUCAAGAGCUUCUAGCAUUGUCAUGUUGAUUGCAUAUUUUGCUUACAUUGUCUUUCAACUUUGGACACACAGGGAGUUAUUUGAAGCUGAAGAUGAGGAUGAAGAUGGUAACAAAGAUUCAGAAGAACAAGCUGUGAUUGGAUUAUGGAGUGGCAUUGCCUGGCUAGUUGGGAUGACUGUAUUCAUUGCUUUGUUGUCUGAGUAUGUGGUGGAUACAAUUGAGGAUGCAUCAGAUUCAUGGGGUUUGUCUGUGAGCUUCCUCAGCAUAAUCUUGCUACCAAUAGUUGGCAAUGCAGCUGAACAUGCAGGAGCAAUCAUAUUUGCUUUCAAGAACAAGCUGGACAUCACAUUGGGUGUUGCAUUGGGUUCAGCAACUCAGAUUGCCAUGUUUGUGGUCCCUUUAUGUGUCACCGUUGCUUGGAUAAUGGGUGUCAAAAUGGACCUGAACUUCAACCUCCUAGAGACAGGUUCUGUUGCUUUGGCAAUAAUAGUCACAGGCUUCACUUUACAGGAUGGUACUUAUCACUAUAUGAAAGGCCUUGUUCUCCUGCUAUGCUACGUAGUUAUUGGUGCUUGCUUCUUCGUACAAAGAACACCCUUGAACCAAGCUGAUGUUACUAACUUCACGCUUAAACCAGCCACUAAUGCAGUUUUAGGCGCUUAGUAUAGACUUUGGCAUAUUUUUGUCCCUCCUGAGAUGAAGAAUGGUGGCAUUCAAACCCAAACUAGAUUCAAUGGAUUGGUUAAUGUUUCAUUCUGAUCACUUUGUCCUAUCCAGCUGAAAGAAGGGAGAAAAAAGUUUGCAAGUAUUUUUGGUUGCAAGCUGUGAAUAGAACACUGUCCAAAAUGUUCAAUCAUACGUGUGUUCUUUCAUAGAGUUGCUUUUGAUCGAGAUAUUCAGUAGAUGCCAAAUAAGUGGAAAAUAGUUAUUGUUGUUUGAGUUUGCUUUAGCAAUUAAGAAUCGCUUUUUUAGUUUACACUUUGCAGAAUGUCUUGUAUUUAUUGUGUUACUAUUUGUACAAUCUCUUGCAUGGGACUGGUGGAGAGAGUUUUAAGGGUAAUAAAAAAUCUAUUAAUAAUGUUUUGUUUGAA